AUGCGCACGGUGGUGGCCUUCGGUGGCGAACACAAGGAGUUGCAACGCUUCAGCCAGGCGCUCGUGCAGGCGCGCCGCGGCGGAGUUCGCAACGGCUUCAAGAUCGGCGCUGGCAUGGGCUACACCAUGCCGCCUGGUGGAGUCAGAGGAUGUCGGAGGUCGGUGAAAGGUCAGUGA